GCCACGCGCGGCCACGUGACCGCCUCACAUGGGCAGCAUGGCGGCGCCCAGAGCCGCCCGCGCGCUGCGGAGCGGAGGUUCUGUGACUGGCUGCCACAUAAUCUUUUCUUUGUGCAAUCAUAACUACCUGCCCAGGCACUCAAGCAAUCAUCAGCAAAGAUGCUUCUUCUUUCAGGGACAAAGAAAUGCUGCUUAUAGUAUAGUUUGGCCAGCCGUGGUUUCUCCAGCUCACCAAAUUCCUAAGCACAUAAAGAAGCCAGACUAUGUGACGACAGGCAUUGUACCAGACUGGGGAGACGACAUAGAAAUUAAGAAUGAAGAUCAGAUUCAAGGGCUUCGUCAGGCUUGUCAGUUGGCCCGUCAUGUCCUGCUUCUGGCUGGAAAGGGCUUAAAGGUUGGCAUGACAACUGAAGAAAUAGAUUCCAUUGUUCAUCAUGAAAUAAUCAGACAGAAUGCCUAUCCAUCACCUCUGGGCUAUGGAGGUUUUCCAAAAUCUGUUUGUACUUCUGUAAACAACGUGGUAUGUCAUGGUAUUCCUGACAGUCGACCUCUUCAGGAUGGAGAUAUUAUCAACAUUGAUGUCACAGUGUAUUACAAUGGCUACCAUGGUGACACUUCUGAAACCUUUUUGGUGGGCAAUGUGGAUAAAUCUGGUGAAAAGUUAGUGGAGGUUGCCAGGAAAUGUAGAGAUGAAGCAAUUGCAGCCUGCAGACCAGGGGCUCCCUUCUCUGUAAUUGGAAACACAAUCAGCUCCCUGGCAUGGCAGGCUGGCUUCCAGGUCUGCCCCCUCUUCGUCGGCCACGGCAUCGGGUCGUACUUUCACGGGCACCCUGAGGUAUGGCACCACGCCAAUGACAAUGAUUUGUUAAUGGAAGAAGGAAUGGCGUUCACAAUAGAGCCAAUAAUAAUGGAAGGAUCCCCUGAAUUUAAGAUUCUGGAGGACAAAUGGACUGCAAUUUCUGUAGACAAUAAAAGAUCUGCACAAUUUGAACAUACCCUGGUGAUUACCUCAGAGGGAGCAGAAAUCCUCACUAAACUGGUGGAAGAAGCCUAAAGAUGGAGCAAGGAGUGGAGAAACUUACUGUACUUCUGGGAUUUCAAGUUUCACUCGGGACAGAGAAGAGGUUUCUUAAUUUCUGAGGGGAAUGGCUGUUGCAUAAGUCACUCCAGGGGACAGAAAAAACAAUUUGAGGGGCUGUCUCUGGACAUAGUUCUUUCUGUGUAUAACCUGGUGAGUAUUUAAUAAAAGUCUUUAGGUUUUUUUUGUGACCCUUGGAGCAGCCAAGCACAGUCUGCAAGUGGCAAAGGGUUUGGGUUAUUUAGGGUUAGGGGCAGAAAGUGGUGCCCCUCUCUUCCAAAUCCUAUGUGGGGCAAAUAGAUAUCAGAUGAUACAGUCUAAGCAGUUGAGAGGACAGAGAAACAAAGCAUUUUCCCUUUAUAGCUGAGGUAUGGAGUCAAUUUGUCUUCAUUGCGAUUAACACAAUGCUGUUUCCCAGGCUGUAACUUCUACUAGGAUGGAAAAAAGUUUCCUGAGUGUGUCAGGCAGAGGGAGCAGACUCUUCCCAGCAUCAUUCCCAGCAGCAAUCCCCUGCUUCUCGCCUCUUUUUACACAGCACAAAAAGUGAUUAAAAAUGAGAUGCAAAGCACGCCUCUCCGGGGAUCAAUAAUUGCCCUGCUUGAAAAAUUAACCAGUUUGGGGUAAUCACUGCUCUGUGGUGCCCAUGUUAGUUAAGGGAGAGGCACUCUGUAGUUUAGGCAUUUUAUGGAGGCAGAGGAGUUUGCAGUCUAGAAGAUGAGUCCUGACUCCUGCACAGAGUUUGGAACUGAUGGACCUCAUGAGCUGUGGUCUCACUUGGCCCUGUGCUCUCUGCAGUCCUGUCCUGGGCCUGCCAGGCGUGCAGGGGUUGAUUUGCAAUUUAGCCAGUUGCUGACCACCCUGUGGGCCCAAACAAGUCUGGCAUUUAUAUUUGGAGGCUACCAGAGCAGGACCUGGGCCUGUGAAACCUGGGUAGCCUUGGAGAUAAUUAAAGGACUUCCAGAAGUUCCCCAGGCCCACGACAACAGUGGUGAUGUUUGGUACAAGCAACUUGGCCCUCAUUACAGGCAGAUGGGGUCUCAUGCUGAGGGCUGCCCAGUUGCACAUUCAGGCAACCAGAGUGGCUCAGCACUGGCUCCCUCAGUGGUCCUGGACAGAAGUAAGCUGCUUUCUUACAGCUUUACUCUGCUGUUUGCUUUCAUUCAAGUACAGUGAGCUCUCAGCUCUAAUAGUUUCUAACAGCAGCUUUUCAAAAAGCAGAGACCCCCGUCCCUGAAUACGGCUAACACCGCAGGGCAGCCACUCAGCUUCAUCCUCCCCAAGAGGAGCUUGGAAGGCCAUAAAACCUGCAAAACAAACGAUGCAGCCAAGUUUACAAAUACGCAGAGAAUAAACAGUGCGAAGGACAGUCGGCAUUGCCUGGAGGGGCAUGUGUUUUGUUCCCUUACGUUCGUUCAACCGCCCAGCCGCGCUGCCCCUUCUGAGGGGCGCUGGGGGCAGCAGGGUGUCCGGCGCGUCUCGGAGGCGCCCCAGAGAUGCCUCCCGUGGAUUUUGGCCACUCCGGGAGCCCCUGGAUUGCACCGCAGGUGCCAUGUUUCAAACCAUCGUCUGCCCUUUGCCUCCUGUCCUGCUCUUACCGCGGCGUGGGAUGAGGCGAGAACGGGGCAACCGGGAGCGGAGAACCCCCCGCAGCCCCUCGUAGGGGGACUGCCGGCAGCUCCUGGUAAUCGCUGCGCCCUGAAGUCCCGCCGGUAACUCUGGUGGGACUGCGAGUUUUACCGGCCGCUGCGGAGCGCUGGCGGCCAGGCGGAGGCAAUGAUAGCGCACCUUUGUAAUCCUAAUUACGAACGAGACUGAAGAGAUGUC